UCCACCUCCUCCUCCUCCUCUUCCUCCUCCUCUGUUCUCCUCCUCCUCUCCACAUCCCUCACUCUCUUUUCUCCCUGACACAAGUCCCACAUAUUCCCCAGAGGAUAAGAUGCUAUGGAGGCCAUAAGAAGUGCAGCACUCUAUAUCUGCUCUGUUCUGUUCAUCCUUACAGAAGUCAGAUCAGAGUAUAUCUACAUCCCAUCAUUAGUCCAUCAUGGCAUCGAAGGGAAGCCCUUACUCUUGUCUGUGGAGGUCCAUUUUCCACUGGACGAGGUCGAUCUGCAGGGAACUUGGUCCCACACGAAACCAAGUGGGACCAGGACCACGUUGGUGACAUUUACCAAAGAGAACACAAUCACUGACAUGAUGUUCCGCAACCGCCUCAUCUUCAGACAACCCAAUGUUUCGCUGCUAAUCCGGAAAUUAAACCAGGACGAUGAGGGGGAUUAUCACCUGAGCCUCAACAUUGAGUUUCAUAACAAGACAGGACUGGUGAUGAAGGAGGAGAGAACAGUCCAUGUGACGGUGGACGUUCCUGUGACCACUCCAGUCAUUGCGAAGACACCAUCACAUGCAGUCGUUGAGGACAAAGCCAAUGUGACCCUGACGUGUUCUGUUGAGAGAGGAACUCGAGUUACGUUCCAGUGGCUGAGGAAUAAUGUCCUGUUGGGUCCCGGUGGAAGGUACCAUUUCUCACCAGACAACUCCACGCUGGUGAUCGUCCCUGUGAGGAAGGAGGACAUGGGGACGUACCGCUGUGUGGCCACUAACCCGGUCAGUCAGGGCCGGUCCAGCAGAGCCAUGGACCUCAACGUCUACUAUGGCCCCUACAACCUGGCUGUGAACUCAGGCCAAGGCCUGCGGACAGGGGAGGUGUUCACCAUCAACCCCGGAGAGCUGGUGUACUUUGAGUGCCAGGCGGAUUCCAACCCUCCUAACAGCUACGUGUGGAUCUCCAAGAGCCGCAACGCCACCCAGGUCAUCACCGAGGGCCCGAGGCUGGAGGUGCACUCCUACAAACUGGCCCAGACCGAGGAGUACCUGUGCCGCGCCUUCAACAACGCCACGCAGAAGCAGGACGAGGCCCAGUUCACUCUGGUGGUGGCUGACUUCAGAGCAGGAAUUGAUAGACGGACCAUGGACAGCACUUCUUUUUCCCCUGUUGCUGCCAUUACUGUGUGUUCUUUGUUCAUCAUCGGCUGCAUGCUGCUAGUCUUUCUGAGGAGAAGCUGCCAUCCAAAAAGAGUGCUUAUGAGCAUUUACAACAGCAGACCCCUUUCAGAACAGAAAAGACCCCAUCGUUCAGGUCAUGAGGAUGCAACAGAAGACUUUGGCAUCUAUGAGUUUAUCUCCAUACCUGGGAAAAUGGAAUCAGCACAGGCGUCGAGCAGAUCUCUGGCUCGCCUCGAGUCCAUUCAGGAUAUGCACACGACCAUCUACGACGUGAUCGGGCAAGUACCCGAAACCCCCAGCCACAGUUUAUUAGAGUAACUUCCGGCCAGAGUUGAGAUGCAACACUCUGCCAUUUUUCACUUGGCGGUUCUCGUGUGGCUUCUCAGUUAUCAAAGCCAGAUGAGCUGGUUUUGGUCGCCCACUUUUUUUGCACAAAAGAUGAAGAAACUUGUUUGAACACACGAGCUGAUUGUGCACUGCUGUUAUCUGGAGUUUGGGAUAAUCGCAAAAUGUCUGUUGCUUAUAUUCCUGUGAGAUGAAAGUGUAUGUAUGGCUUGACUUUAAAGUAUAAUUACAGUUAAAAGUUGUUUUUGCUUUUUUUGUUUUUUAUUUUUUUAAUUACUUACUGGAAUGAUAUUAAAACAAGCAAAUCAGUUGUAAGUUCUCUUUUGUUUGUUCAUAAUAUAUUUCUAAUGCAUACAUUUUAUUUCCAUGGGUUUAUUCACCAGAUCCAUUAAAAUGUGAUAAGUACAAUAAUAAGAGAGACUGUUUUUCAAAGAGACAAGUGUUAUUACGAAUGCUUUUUAAACUAUAUGUUGACUAAAGUUUCAAUGAAAUGUAAAUAUUGUACAUGGAUUAUGCUGCAGAAUGUUUAUAUGUGUUAUUCCAGUUCUAUGUUCAGCUCACGUCUAUUUAUUCCUGUUGAAACACUUGACGCUGUUUCCACAAAUGUAGCAUUUCCCUGUUCGAUAGAUACCACGAUAUACUGAAGCAAAGGACGAUGAUGAAUGCUUCUUGAAUUAUUGUACAGUUGGAGUUCACAUGUUGGUUUUGUACUUUAUUAAAGAUAUAACUGUUUACUA